AUGAGUUCAGAUGAAGAAGAAAUCUCGCUCUCCGAAGUCGCAAGAAGACGUAAAAGUCCGUUGGCAGAUUCUAUUCCGUUGAGUCAAUUGAACAAUAGUGCGUCCACUCCAGUGGGAGCAGAUGGUUCCUCCAAAAGUUCGAAGCCAAAGUCCAAGUCAAAGCCCAAGUCAAAGCUGAGCGCUAAAGACGAGAAGUCAGGCUCAAAGAGGAAACACGAAUCUGGAUCCAAUGGAACCAAAAGUGUGAAAAAGACUAAAACUGUUAAAAAAGAAGUUGAAGAGAACGUCGCUUUGUCAGAAAAUAAGAAAACUCCAAAGAAAGAUGGUAAGAAGGAGAAGACCGAGGUGAAGACGGAGAAGAAGACUGCGAAGAAGACUGACAAGAAAGAUGCUAAAAAGGAAGUCACCCCAACGCCAGAUCCUGAUGAAGAAGAAACCUACAAAUGGUGGGAGCAAGAUGACUUGGAUGGUGAACAAAAAUGGGAGUCAUUGCACCACAACGGGGUCAUUUUCCCCCCAGAGUAUGAGCCUUUACCCUCUCAUGUCAAGAUGUACUACGAUGGUAAGCAGGUUGAGCUCCCACCGCAAGCAGAAGAAGUUGCAGGAUUUUUUGGAGCCAUGUUGGAAACUGAUCACGCUAAGAAUCCUGUUUUCCAAAAGAAUUUCUUUGAAGAUUUCCUUCAAGUGUUGAAGGAAUGCGGUGGGUGUAACGUAGACAUCAAAGACUUUGAGAAGUGUGACUUCUCCAAGAUGUAUACGUACUUUGAGCAAGAGCGUGAAAAGAAAAAGGCUUUGACUAAAGAUGAAAAGAGAGAGAUCAAGGAAGCUAAGGAUAAGUUUGAAGAGCCUUACAAAACGUGUAUGUUAAAUGGGAGAAAGGAACAAGUUGGUAACUUCAGAAUUGAACCUCCUGGGUUAUUUAGGGGCCGUGGUGCUCACCCUAAGACAGGUAAAUUGAAGAGAAGAGUAUACCCAGAAGACGUUACAUUAAAUUUAAGUCAAGAUGCGGUAAUACCUGAGCCACCUCAGGGCCAUAAAUGGGGUGAAAUCAGACAUGAUAGCACUGUUGCCUGGUUGGGGAUGUGGAAGGAAAACAUUGCUGAUUCCUUUAAGUAUGUUAGAUUUGCGGCCAAUUCGUCCAUCAAAGGGGUUUCAGAUUUCAAAAAGUUUGAAACUGCAAGAGAAUUGAAAAAUCAUAUUCACGCCAUUAGAAAGGAUUACAAUAAGUUGUUGAAAGAUGAAUUAAUGCAGAACCGUCAAUUGGCCACAGCCACAUACUUAAUUGAUAUCUUUGCCUUGAGAGCUGGUGGUGAAAAGGGUGAUGAUGAGGCUGAUACUGUAGGAUGUUGUUCCUUAAGAUAUGAACAUAUUACCUUGAAGCCUCCUAAUAAGGUAAUUUUUGAUUUCUUGGGUAAAGAUUCUAUUAGAUUUUACCAGGAAGUGGAAGUUGAGAAGCAAGUGUUCAAGAAUUUAAGAAUCUUCAAGAAACCUCCCAAACAUCCUGGUGACGAUUUAUUUGAUAGAAUUUCGCCUCCAAUGGUUAACAAACAAUUCCAGAAUUAUAUGAAGGGAUUAACUGCUAAAGUUUUCCGUACAUAUAAUGCAUCGAAGACCAUGCAAGAUCAAAUCGAUUUGAUUCCCAAUGAAGGAACUGUUGCAGAGAAGGUUGUUAAGUUCAAUGCUGCGAACAGAACUGUUGCUAUCUUAUGUAACCAUCAGCGUACGGUUGCAAAGGGACAUGGAUCACUGGUUCAAAAAAUUAGUGACAAAUUAAAGGAGAUGCUUUGGCAAAAGAUACGACUUAAGAGAAUGAUUCUUCAAAUUGAACCCAAAUUGAAAAAGAAAGAUCCAAAGUACUUUGAAGAGACUAAUGAUUUGGCGAAAGAGGAUGAACAAGUUAUUCAUGAGCUUAUUAUCGAAAGACAAAAGGAUGCAGCUCGAAAGAAAUUCAUUAGAGAUAAUGAUAAGCUAAAGGCUGAAGAUCAGCCUAUACUUACCGAAUCUAUCUUAUUGGAAAACUUAGGUAAGAUUGAUGAAUUGGCUAAAGAGUUCAAAGAAGAGUUGAAGACUAAGAAGCCCAUAGUGAAGAAGACCGAUACAGUUGAAAAAUUAAAGGCUCAAAUUGAAAAAAUUGAAGUCAGAAUUGUCAACACCACAUUCCAAUUGAAGGAUAAGGAAGAUAACUCUGAAGUUUCUUUGGGAACGUCCAAGAUGAAUUAUAUCGAUCCAAGGUUGACUGUUAUGUUUUCUAAGAGAUACGAUGUGCCAAUUGAAAAAUUAUUCACCAAGACUUUGAGGGAUAAGUUUAAUUGGGCCAUUGAAUCAGCAGACGAGAACUGGAGAUUUUAG